GAUGUAGACACGACCGCGAUGCCAUGACGCCUACUGGUAUGACCUGUCUCUGCAAAACGCGGAAGCUACCGUUCGUAGUUAAACAAAUAGAAAUAUGGUUAACUCCUCAUUGACGUAUAGAUCAAGGAUACAGUACACAAUGCACCGUAUAUAAUGGUUGUAUUCUGGUCGAGUGAAGGUCGCAAUACGUUUGUUUUGGCAUGAUUAAGGUUUUUCAAUUAAGUAUUUUCACUUUGGCUGAACGAGCAAGAGAAUGGACAUUAAAGAAAAAACGAUUACCAUAUUGAAACGAUAUGAAAUCGGGAGCACAUAUUCAUAUUUGCCGGUUCUGCCCAAAGCGGCUGUGUUGAUACCCCUCUUCCAGAGAGAUGGAGAACUACAAGUGUUGAUGACACUUCGUUCCUUAAAGCUGAGGAGCAAUGCCGGCGAAGUGUGUUUUCCGGGGGGUAAGCGGGACCCCGGCGACCGAGAUGACGUGGCCACCGCUUUGAGGGAGGCAGAGGAGGAGAUAGGCCUCCCACCUGACCAGGUGGAGGUAGUCUGCUCUCUGUUCCCUGUGAUGAACCAGAGAGGGCUCCUGGUUGUCCCGGUGGUGGGCUUCAUAGACGAGUCGUUUGUCCCUCGUCCAAACCCGGCGGAGGUCAGUGCCGUGUUCACAGUCCCUCUGGAGUUCUUCACCAAAGCGGGGGCCCACUCUGCGUGCAACCCCUCUGGGAUGAGCUACCCUCUGCACAGCUUCCUGUACCAGGAGCCCAGGUCCGGCAUCUCCUACCAGGUGUGGGGCCUCACCGCCAUGCUGGCCAUCCUGGUGGCCAGCCUGGCCCUCCAGAACAAGCCAGAGUUUGAUGUGGGGUUUGACUAUGACAACCCAAUAACUUUCUUUCAACAUAAUCUGAACAAGAGGAUCAAUAAACUAUGAUUAUUUUCAGUUUUUCCUGGAUGUAAGCUUAGUGGUUCUGCCUACAACCUAAUUUGACGAAUGCAUGCUUAUAGCUAGUAUCCCUCCUAAACUUGAAGCUGCACUGUUUGUAUGUCUGUAUGUGGAGACUAUUUUUGGCCUGUCUUGCACAAAUUCCCAGUUAAGGGUUCUUACUGAUUCUAUUUUUUACUGACAUACUUACACAUAAAAAACUCUCAUAGUUAGUCAUUAUGCAUUUUUUUCUAUUAUAAUUAAAUCAGGUUUUACAUAUUUAGAAAAAACUUCAGGUAGAAAUAUAGUAUAUGUAUAUAUAUAUUUUAAACCAGCAGAAUACGUUGAUAUCUUUAUUAAUUGUUUAAUGUAGCAGCAGGAUUACAGAAAUAUAAUAUACAAAUGUCCAGACAAAGGCAAAAUACACCAUAUAGCCAAACGUAUGUGGACAUAUGACUAACACCUAUAUGAACUGGUUGGACAUCCCACUCCAAAACCAUGGGCAUUAAUAUGUAGUUACAUCAUGUUCCAUCUAACAUCAUCUGCAAGCCAGGUUUAAUCAGCCAGCAGCAGUGCCCAACCUCCUUCAUGCCCUGGUAGCUGAAUGGAAGCACUUCCCACAUCAAUAUUCCAACUAUCUAUUGGAAAGCCUUCCCAGAAAAGUGAAGGUAGUUAUAGAAACCAACUCCAUAUUAAUGCCUGUGGUUUAGGAACGAGGAGUUCAAUAAGCACAUGUCUGUGUACUGAGCAGUGUCUACAUACUAUCUGCUAUGUAUUGUACAUGUUCAUAUGUGUAAUGAAGCAGAAGGAUGUUCCUCCCCAGAUCGAGGUUCUCCAGGUUGGAUAAUAAAGCUUGGUCUCCACACAUCACUGCUGCCUCUGAUGCAGACGAGUGAGAGAGCACACAUCCUCUUAUUUCCCUUUUCCCUUAAAUCUCAAGAGGCAGACACCGAGACAGCUGACAUGGUUGAUGGCGGUUAUUUGGUGACAGGUUUCCAACCCAUUGAGGGAGGGAGUCCUUACCUGUUCCAACACACAGGUGGUCGCUGGGUUCAAACGGGGUCAUAGAAUAGGCAGGUUAAGAUUUAGGCUAGGUAGACAACAACUAGGCAGGUUGGGCUAGACAUGACGGGUUAGAUAUGUAUGGAGUUGGAAGGUCAAGGGUUAGGCAAGCUAAGGUUGUGAAGCUCUACAACACUAAAGACAGCAAUGACAGACAUUAACUUACACAGCAAUGGUUUAGUCAUCAAGGCACACAAAGUUCUGCUGAAAGCAAAACCAACAACUCCCAAGACACCCCUGCAGUAUACUUCACAUUUAAAUACACAUUUGUAUAUUUACAUAACAAAGACAGAACAUACGUGUGCCAUUUUGCAAUCAAAAACAUUUUCGGAUGGUAGUUAAAUAUAGAAGUUGCCAUUUGAGCUGACAUUGAUCUCAACUGUAAUUUUUGUACGGUUGAAACAUGAAAUUAGACAUCACUAUCAUAACAAGACCAAGUAUUUUACAGGUGUAUAAAAGUAAAAUGUUUCGUCUGCUUUUCUGACUUGGUCCAGACACACCAUGAGGUAACGUUCACCAGACUGGACGUCAGCGGCAACAUGUCUGGGUUGGUAUGGCUUCCACAGCCUCUGGCUCCACGAUGCUAGCCUGCUGAGCUUCCUCAGGAGAUGGGAUGAGGACAUCACUGGUGGGUACCACAGAGCUCUGGGCUGGAGAAUGUCCUCAGGCUUGACAUGGCUGUCAGCCUCCAAACACUUUAGUUCACUUUAAAGUUAGAACUAGUUAAUCAUAUUUUGGGGGGGAUUAUUUGUAGUUUUCUGCUCCUUUACUAAAUGAAGGCCGGACGCAAGCAGGGGCUGACCGUGUGACCCUUGACCCCAGAGCUACACAGCACAGGCUGAACAUCACUAUGUUACUAUCGGGAUGGGUCACAGCUUCCACAGAUAUUAGUAUGAUCCGAGUCACUAUCACACUUGGUCCCCAUGUCCCCGGUAUGAAUAGUAAUAACUGUGCCACAUAUUUCAGUCAUAUAAAAAUAUUUGACUUAUGGGUAUAAAAUUCAAAAUCAGAUUGUUCCUGCGCCUGCAGGAAAUGUAAAUAUGAUGAUGUAAACAAUGUAAACGACAUAGUCAUAACAUCUGGAAUGACGUUGGAGUGUGAUGAUGUCACAGCUGCAUGUGCACCCAGGAGCACUAUGCAUCACCCCAGGAAAACAUUUCACAUCGAAAGAAUAUCAACUGGAUGAAAAUACAUGACAAAACACAUCUGUAUCAGACCUUCAUGGUUCUUAAAAGUUUUGUACUUAUUACAAAAAACAUAAUGUCAAUUAUCCAUGACAUAGCUGAAUUAUGAGUAAACAACAAAAGCUAUGUGAGAUAGAAACUUUGGUGUGACUGACUGACUGUAGGUCUGUCACUGUUAAGCUCAACUCUACCAUCGCUGGUGCCCUGACUGACUGUCUGUACCUCAAGCCAUCCAUCAAUACUCCUACCAAAACAACACAGCUCAGUACUCGCCUGAAGAUGAUGCCUACUACUAAUUGAUAGAAACUGUUAGUAUAAAUAUCACUCCUGUACAUAGCACCAUAGAUAACAUGUAACACAAACACACACUAUCUAUUCAUUAUUUCUAAAUGUUUUGUGAGCCGGUGAAGCACGUGUUUAACAGUGAACACAAACAAUCAUUACAAAAUGUCUGGAAGAUGAUUUAAAAAUAUAGUGACAUAAAAAAUGUACAUGUUGGAAAUAUAUACCUUUACGACAAUGUUGUUAAAAGGGACGUCAACGAGUCCAAAUGUGCUGGGUGAAGAGGGACACUGACAUCAGGAUAAGAUGGUUACACAAGACAAGUUUAUAAAGUGCUUAAGAUACGAUGUUGUAAACCCUCCCCGGAUCACCGUCUCCCGUGGGACCAUGGCCACGUCUUCGUCUACUGGAACACAUCAUGCCCAUC